AUGCUUUUUAUUCCUGUUGGCGUUGGGUCUAAUUCUGGAAACUCUUUUGAAAUAGCAGAGCUUUUAAAGAAAGACUUGCAGGAAGUGCAUGUAAACAAUGCCCGCCCAAAUGAAAAUGAAAAGCAGGCUACAGAGAGUGCCUUUCAAGGAUACACUAACAGCGUACUUUCUUCAAAUGAAUCACCAGAGAAAGAUAUAACUUCUGCUCAGCCAAUUUCAUCUCAGGUGUAUACUGAAGAGACUGCUAUGGAUGGAGUCAGGAAUGACAGGCUAGAAUACAAAGUUGAACUAUUUGAUCUUGACAGGCUUGAUGUGCAGGACUUAAAGCAUGUGCCAGUGAUUGUAUUCGUAUGCUCAACAACUGGAGAUGGGGAUGCGCCCUAUAAUAUGCAGAGAUUUUGGAAAGAGCUGAGGAGAAAGAGCUGGAAUGGCUCAUUUUCCUUUUACUUUGCAGUAGUGUGUCUCGGUGAUUCAUCGUAUCCUAAGUACAACUAUGCAGGAAAAAGACUGUUUAAUAGACUGCAGCAAGUAGGAGGAAUUCCUUUGUGCGAAAGAUGUGACUGCGAUGAUGCAGAUCCAAUGGGUGUAUAUUCUGCGUAUGUUCCGUGGGUGGUAAGUCUAAAGCAAGCCCUUGGCUCUAUAUAUUCUGAGGUAAAGGGAAGCAGAAGGCAUGCAUUCUCAAGAGAGGUGCAGGCGCCGUAUACUGGGAUUUAUCUUGGCCAUAAGAAGCUUGCGCCUGCAGCAUGCCCAGAUAUUGCAAGGAUACUUGGGGUGGAUGGAGCAGGUUUAGAAGAAGAGAUAUCAGAUUUAGGUGCGCUUGGAUCAAUGUACUCCUCUGUUUAUGAGUAUCAAUUUUCCAUAGACAAUGGGCAUGAAUAUUCUGUUGGAGAUGUUUUGGCAAUAAAGCCAGAGAAUGCAUGCUAUAAGGAUUCAUCUGCAAAAAUAUUCCUUGACGAUGCAGAGUUUGACAGCCGGCACAUCGACUAUCACUCAAUUCCAAUGUACCAUCACAUGCAGCAGUUGUACGAUAUAGUUCUAAAAGGAACACACGCACACAUUUUCUGUCCAGGCAACCUUAAGAGCAUGUAUUUGGACAAGCUUAAAGAUAUAGGUGCCUCGUAUGACUUAUACUACUCAUAUGUACUAAAGCCAAAAAAGUCAUUUAAGGAUGUUCUGACAGACUUCUACAUAAAAGUGUCAGUCAAGGCUUGCCUGAUAAGAAGGAUUCUUCCUAGGUACUAUACAAUAAGCAAGAGGGAUGGCACAACAUACAGCAUAACUGCAGGCAGAAUACGAAUAAAGCACUAUACAAAAGAGAUAUACGGAGUGUGUUCAGAGUAUUUGGCACACCUGGAGAAAGGCGCCCCAGUGUCUAUAGACAUUAAAAAAAGCCAGCUGUCUGUGCAGGGAGAUUUAUUUAUUAUAUGCACAGGCACAGGAAUUUCUCUGGGAAGAACCAUAUUGAAUGAAUAUCUAGCAGGGCGCCUUAGUGAUGUGAAUAGCAUUUCUAUUCUCUUUGGGUUUAGAUCAAUGCUGCUUGACUGCUUUCACUAUGACGAGCUAUUGCAGAAUAAAACCAUAGAAAUUAUCCAAAAAAAUGGACAUGUCUAUAUCUCCAGUAAAGUAACACAGAAAAAGAUUCAAGUGCUUCUGGCGCCAUCCAGAAUAAAAGAGGCCUCUAAGGUUCUGGAGGCACACGGGAUAUCGCAGGAUUUAGUACGCCCAAAGAACUAUAUUGAAAAUGUCCUGAAAAUUCUUAGCAAGGAAGAACUAAACAAGAAUAUAAUUCUAUGUGGAGGGGUGCGUCUUAUAAAAACCAUUCCAAAGAUACUUGAGGAAAUAUCCGGCACAGUAACCAAGCCACAGAGCGAGUGCUGGUAG